AUGCCUUCCAGAGGUAUAUCAGAGCGUGAGGACGAAGACCGACCAGACUACUGCAAUGAGGCUGUGGUGAGACGGAAUUGUCUCCCAACUCGAUCUUACUGGAUACCAGAGUCGGCCAUACUCCUCAAUGGCACCUGGGACUUCCACCUUGCAUCCACUGCUUUGGCUGCUCCUGGUCCGGACGACCGAACUACGGCAUUCGGCAAGCUAGUCGUUCCCGGACACUGGCAGCUCCAAGGCCAUGGAAACCCAUGGUACACGAAUGUACAGUACCCAAUACCGGUCUGUCCUCCAGAAGUACCCACUGAGAAUCCUACUGGAACAUAUCGUCGGGACUUUAAGGUCCCGUCUGCAUGGAAACAGCACCAGGUCAGGCUCAGGUUUGAUGGAGUUGACAGUGCUUACCAUGUUUGGGUGAAUGGAACUCUGGUUGGAUACGCGCAAGGCUCUCGCAAUGCCUCAGAGUUCGACAUUUCGGAUUUUGUCAAUUUCAAUGACUCAAACGAACUACAAGUCAGGGUCUAUCAAUGGUCAGAUGGCACGUAUAUCGAAGACCAGGAUCAAUGGUGGCUUUCAGGCGUCUUUCGUGACGUGCAUCUCAUAGCGUUUCCAAGAGACGAAAGGAUUGAUGACUAUUUCUUGGAAACUGAUCUAGACAAAGAUUACCGUCAUGCUACACUGCGGGCGACCGUUGACGUUCGCACAGAGAAAGGCGGGACUGUGGCACUUACUUUGUCUGCGCUGGCCAAACAUGGAGGCAGUGUGCUUGGAAGAGCUCAUGCCACUAUCAAACCGGACACGAAACGAGUCCAACUCACUCUGGACGUUAGAAACCCUACAAAGUGGACUGCAGAGACACCACACCUCUACGAAGUUGAGAUAUCUUGGAGCACUGACAGCUCCGAUGAGCGAGACGUCGUUCACCAGCGAAUUGGCUUCCGCAAGGUCGAACUUCUUCGCGGCCUGAUGACAGUGAAUGGAGUACCUAUCCGGCUUCGGGGUGUGAACCGUCACGAACAUCAUCCGCUCUUUGGCCGAGCUGUACCCUUCGACUUUGCUAAGAAAGACCUGCUGCUAAUGAAAACGCACAACAUCAACGCCCUUCGUCUCUCGCAUCAACCAAACGAUCCUCGACUGCUUGAUCUCUGUGAUGAGCUCGGGUUGUGGGUUAUGGCUGAAGCUGAUCUGGAAUGCCAUGGCUUCUACGACGCAGUCGCUCGUCCCCUGGACAUCCCCGAAUCCAUGGACUACGAGGAAAGGAAGAAGCUCGCUUUCCCUCAAGCAGCAAAGUUCACGUCUGAUAGCCCAGCGUGGAAGGAAGCGUAUCUUGACCGCAUGAGGUCCGUCGUACAACGAGACAAAAACCACACAUCGGUCAUUAUGUGGAGUCUCGGCAAUGAAGCUUUCUACGGCGCCAAUCACGAGGCCAUGUAUCACUACGCCAAAGACUUUGACCCUGGACGUCUUGUUCACUACGAAGGGGACGCGAAAGCUAAGACCGCAGACAUGUUCUCAUACAUGUAUGCGUCAGUUGAGAGACUGUUGAAAUUGGCCAGUGAAGAAGGCGUUACGCACGGCAAAUUCGAAAAGCCUGUUGUGCUCUGCGAGUAUGCUCAUGCCAUGGGCAAUGGACCUGGCUUGCUUCACGACUAUGAAGAAGCGUUUAGAAGCAACCCUCGUCUUCAAGGAGGCUUCAUCUGGGAGUGGGCCAACCAUGGACUUUGGAAAGAGGACGAAGGAUUCUAUGCAUACGGUGGAGACUUUGGAGACGUACCGAACGAUGGCACCUUUGUCAUGGACGGACUACUCAACAGCAAGCACGAACCAACACCCGGGCUGCAUGAAUUGAAGAAAGCGUUUGAACCUGUUGGACUGGAAUACAAAGAUGGGAAACUACUCAUCCUGAAUCGCUACGAUUUUAUUGACUUGGGGGAUCUGCGUGCCACGUACAAGCUUGAAGAUUUCAGCGAUCGAAGUGAUAUCCUGGCUGCUGAAGAAUUGACACUACCUGCAGUGAAAGCAAAGCAGAAAGCGGACAUGGUCAUACCAGAGGAGAUCCUCAAGAGCCAUCACACCGGAGAAGCCUACCUGACCAUCUCACUGAAGCUCAAGUACUCAACUGACUGGGCAGAAUCCGGCCACGAGAUUGCGUGGAAGCAAAUCAGACUUCCGCCAACAUCGAAGACUCUUCUGACAGGCUCCCGUUCCCUACAAAAAGCGCAGAACGAGAUACAUGUAGUAUCAACACCGACGAAGGUGACGAUCACAGGCGACUAUUUUGUUUUUUCUUUUGACCCUACUCGCGGCGCCCUGAUUGAGUGGCACUGCAAUGACCAAGCCAUAAUCGACAACACGGGAGGACGUGGUUUUGGCCUCGCGCCCAGUUCCUGGCGCCCGUCGACGGAUAACGAUGCUUCGAACACUCUACCAUACUGGCAAAGGUUCGGUGUUGACAGCCUUACGUAUAACCUUCGUUCUUUCGCAGUCGAGAGUUCUGACAACGCGGGCAUCAUCGUCAAAACCAAGCUCUUCCUCUCCCCACCAGUCCUCGCCUGGGGUUGGGAUUGCGAAGUGGAAUAUCGCAUCGAUACCUCUGGAUCUCUCCACAUACUCACUUCAUUGACACCAACUGGCUCGCAACCCAAACAUGUGCCAAGGAUCGGGCUCAAUCUCCGCCUGAACAAAGCCUUGGACCAAGCUCGUUGGCUAGGUCUCGGUCCAGGUGAAAGCUACCCGGAUAAGAAAGAAGCCCAAAGGAUAGGCAUCUGGGAAGUUGACGACGUGGCGAGGCUACACACGCCAUAUGAUGUGCCGCAAGAGAACGGCAACAGGAUGGGUACCAAAUGGUUGGCACUUACUGGAACUCACUGGGCUGGGCGAGGUAUUCGAGCCUCUCAGCCUAACGCUGGCAACGCAGAUGGCUUCAGCUUCGCGGUGUCGAGAUAUACCGAUGAGAAUAUCCAGAACGCGAAGCAUCCACCUGAUCUAGUGGAAGAGGAUCCCACAUUGUUGCGAUUGGAUGCAAAGGUUGCAGGAGUGGGCACUGCGGCUUGCGGUCCAGGGGUGAAGGAGGUUGAUCAGGUGAAAUGCCAGCCUUAUCGAUUUGAGUUCUUGCUGGAGACCAUUUAA